UCUAAAACUACGAAUUCGAUAUUUCCAAGUUCGUCAUCCGACCCGACGAGACAAGACAGACGGACACAAUGAUCACACAAUCGACACGGCGGCCGUUAGGCAGCUGGAAAGCCGUCUUCCGGCGAGUCCAGCAACAACGACAACAGCCAAUACCACAGCUAUUCCGAUCAAUGGCCACCGAAACAACUCCCACAUCCGACGCAGCAGUAGCUAUACCACCUCUCCCUCCAUCUACGAUACUAGCAAAGCCUCAAUUCUACUCCCCCAAAUUCAAAAAAUCCCCCUUCGCAAUCUACCCCCGCGUCCCCUCAGCCCGCAAAACCCACCCAGCAGCCCUAGAAUCCUACCACGCCCAACAAAUCACCCGGCUCGACCGCACCGGCGCGCGCCGCGCCCUCUUCAACAAAUCCAACGUCGACUCCGCACGCGUAGGCGACGUCCUGCAAGUAACAACCCGUCGAGGCGCCGGCAACUCCGGUGAGCCCUUCGCCGGUGUCCUCCUCUCUAUCCGGCGCGCCGGAGUCGACACCGCCAUCCUCCUCCGAAACCAUAUCUCGAAGGUAUCGGUAGAAAUGUGGUUUAAAAUCUUCAGUCCCAACGUCGUAGGAAUCGAAGUAGUAUGGCGACGACCGAAGAGGGCAAGGCGUGCUCGUUUGACUUAUAUGCGCCAGCCUAAACACGAUAUGGGUAAUGUGGAUCACCUCGUCGAGAAAUGGCGUCGUACGAGGAAUGUGUUUACGACGAAGGGGAAGAAAGCUGCUGCGAAGACUGCAGCGGCGGGAGCGCCGGGAGCGAAGCGGUAGGGGAGUUUGGUGGUGAAGUGAGGAGGUUAGAAGUAGGUGAUGAGGAAGGGGCAAGCACUUUUUUCUCCGUCUCUAGAGAAGAGAUGAAGGACGAGAGGCUAGAUACUGCGGAAGCCUACGUGUACAGAUAUAUACGCCUCCCGUGGAUAUGUACCAUAUAAACACGAUCUGCCACAAUUCCAUAUCUUUACAGCGUCAAAUUUGAAAUCUUGCGAAUUAAGUAGGAAGGGACUCAUAUAUCCUCUUUACAGUGCAAGCCAGGUUGGGAGGAGCUGCAUUAUUCACCAACAACCUAGCCCCUUUCAUAGAUCAUGACAUCAAAUUAUGUCCACGAUAUUCUAGUGGCCAUACAGGUAUAGGGGGCUAGACAAUCGAUCGCGAAUAGUC